AUGAGAAGAUUUACAGGCCCUCCGUUUUGCCUGCCCCCUCGCAAAGGUACCGAGAAAAACAACGAGAAGUGUAGCUGCAUGCCGGGACGGGCGUGGCCCGCAAGUCCCAAGACAAGGGAAAAUCAUGGCCGUGGUUCAGAGGGCUUCAUCCACGUGCACCGAGGCAUCAAAGGCGUGGGAGACCUUUCGCAAGCAGACUAUGACUGGAAGAACCCAGUUGCAGAGGUUGCGGUCUCCAAGGCCUAA